CUGUCUGUCUCGCUCACUCUAUAUAUCUGUCUAAGGCCCUGUUUACACCUGGUAUUAAGAUGCGAUUGGAUUUUUGGUCAAUCGGAUUACAAGUGGACGACAGAGAGACACAUGUCGUUCACACCUCGUGUUUUAAUCCAUUUCUUUUUUCCACUUUUAACCGCUUCUGUCCUGAUUACUUUGAGGGGAUGGUCUGUGGGCGAAUCAUUAAAACACAAGCGAGAGAAAAGACCGGUUUGUAUUUAUAUAUAAAUGUAUUUAUAGUAUAUAUUUAUAUAAGUAUAUAUUUCAGAACAAUUGAUGAAAUAAGUUUGUGCUUAUUAAAAUGAAAUAAAAAUCAAAGAGCACAUUUGAGAACAUCAGCAUCUACACCACAAAAGACUACCUCUGAAUGUGGACGAAAGCGGAUGAGCUUAAAACAUUUCACACCCCAUUUACACCUGUACUUAGUGUUGUCCACUUGUCAUCCAAUCGACCCAAACACAUCUUAAUCCAGCUGUAAAUAUGGCCUGACUGUCUGUCUCUCACUCCAUGGAUCUUCUUUGCUUUCUUUUCAAAUGUAAUGAGAGAUUUUGUAGAUGUGAUAUUAAAGUCAGCCAGUGAACAUUUGGUGUCUUUGAGCUGGCGUGUGUGUGUUUGGACUCUGUCGACCCUGUGAUUUCUAGAAAGAAGUGAUGUGUUGUUUUUCUCUUGAACUUUGACCUGAUGUGACAGUAACUCAUUGGUUUGGUGAUGUGUGAGACGUGAUUCAGGAAUGGGGGGAUGCUCUAAAGGAAAACUCAUAUGGUUGCAUUAAAGAGACGUGUUGGAUGAUCUCGAUCGAGUCAGACAUGCUUGUGUCAUCUGUGCUCGCCGCUGCAUCUUCUGCCAUCGCUCGAUCUCUGUGUAUACGUCCAGCAGUGAUGCACAAGAGGAGUAUCAGCGCUGCUGGAGGACUGCGACGCUUUCAGGACAUCCCUCACACCGGCAGUAACGGCUGGAUCAAUCUGCUGCGAUUCUGGAAAGAAGGAAGAUUCAGUCAGCUCCACAAACACAUGGACAACACUUUCAAACAACUCGGACCCAUUUACAGAGAGUAUUUGGGCUCUCAGAGCACCGUGAACAUCAUGUUGCCGAUGGACAUCGGUGAGUUGUUUCGUUCGGAGGGUUUACACCCGCGUCGCAUGACUCUACAGCCCUGGGCGACACACAGAGAGACACGCAAACACAGCAAAGGCGUCUUCCUCAAGAACGGUACAGAGUGGCGUGCUGACAGAUUGCUGUUGAACAAAGAAGUGAUGGUCAGUUCAGCCGUGCGGCGCUUUCUGCCUCUUCUGGAUGAUGUAGCGCAGGAUUUCUGUCGUUCGCUGAGACAGCGGGUGGAGAUGGAAGGUGUGGGUGAGACGGGUCAGCGCAGUAUGACCCUUGACCCCAGCCCUGAUCUCUUUCGCUUCGCUCUGGAAGCGAGCUGUCAUGUUCUGUAUGGUGAACGGAUCGGUCUGUUCUCCUCGACACCAUCACAAGAGUCUGAACGCUUUAUUUGGGCUGUUGAGCGCAUGCUGGCCACGACCCCUCCGCUCCUCUAUCUGCCCCGCCGUCUGCUCCGGCACGCGCCUCUGUGGACUCAACACGCCACUGCAUGGGACAACAUCUUCAGUCACGCGGAGACUCGGAUUCAGAGGGGCUAUCAGCGGCUGCAGACGCGUGUCGCAGGGGCAGGAGGAGGAUCAGAGGGGAAGUUUUUGGGUGUGCUGGGGCAGUUAAUAGAAGCAGGGCAGUUAUCACUGGAGCUGAUUAGAGCUAACAUCACAGAACUCAUGGCCGGUGGUGUUGAUACGACCGCCGUCCCGCUGCAGUUCGCUCUCUUUGAGUUGGCGCGUAACCCUGACGUGCAGGAGCAGGUACGCGCCCAGGUGAUGUCAUCAUGGGAGCGAGCAGCAGGAGAUCCUCAGAAGGCUCUGCAGGGAGCGCCGCUUCUGAAGGGAACGGUGAAGGAGACCCUGAGACUCUAUCCUGUGGGCAUCACAAUCCAGAGAUAUCCUGUUAAAGACAUCGUCCUCCAGAAUUAUCACAUACCAGCAGGGGAGUUAGUUCAGGUGUGUUUAUAUCCUCUGGGACGGAGUCAUGAAGUCUUUCAGAAUCCUCAGCGCUUCGACCCCAGCCGCUGGAGAGGAGCUGACAGAGGGCGCCACAGUGAGAAUGUGACCAUGGAGACGGGUUCCGGUGGGGGGUUUCGCUCGCUGGCGUUUGGGUUUGGGUCGAGGCAGUGUGUGGGCCGCAGAAUAGCAGAAAAUGAGAUGCAGCUGCUGUUGCUACACAUCCUGAGGAAUUUCCGACUGACUGUAUCAUCUAGAGAAGAUUUGAACACCAAAUACACCCUAAUACUGAUGCCAGAAUCUCCACCCAGAAUCACCUUCAGUACUCUAUGUGAUCAUGUGCCUGUAUAGAACUGAGAGCUGCAGGUGUUUUACUGCGAUCUAAUGACCUCACAGACAUCAUCAUCAUCAUCAUCUACUGUACAGUUGUAUUAUAUCAACCGGUUGUAACACAUUUAUGUCAGACUUACAGUUAUUCAAUAAAACUUUUAUAUUUUG